AUGGCUUUCUCGUACCGUGGCGCCUCCGCGCGUCUCCUCGUGUCGCUCCUGCUCCUCUCCCUCAGCGUCUUGCGGAUCCACGCGCGCCACGGCCCCGAGUUAGCCGUUGCGGACGCUCAGCCGCAUUCCCGCAGCGAGAUUCCCGCCGCCGGGGGUGCCGCGGAUUCUCAUGGGGGGCAGUUCGACUCGCAGUCACCCGAGGUCGGGGCAUCCGGAGGGCGCCAGCAGGGUCCAUCAUCAGCUGCAAGCGGAGGCAGAAGGGUGGCCAACACGGGGAGCAAUGGCGGCGCGGCGGAGUCGAUAGCGGAGUGGAAGCGGCGAUCAGCGGAAGCGGGCGCGCACUUCUUCCCCCUGCAGCGCGCGGAAGACGCCCCCAGCAGGGACGAGCUGCACCGCCGGAUUCUCGUGAGCAACGGGGGGUGGGCGGGAGGGUUGGGGGCUGCUCAGGAAGUCACUGGCAUGGGGCAAGGCAUGAAGCCCCCGGAAGCGUCAGGCACGGUAUCGCAGCCCUUCACAACAGACGCUUUCCACGUUCCUUCUCCCCUCUUUCUCCGCUUUCUCCCCCCACCCUCACGUCCCCCACCCACCCUCACGUCUCCCCCUCGCCCCACCAGCGUGUAUCCGUACUACGUGUCGCUCAAGCUGGGGUCGCAGAGGCAGGAGUUCCGCAUGGCGCUCGACGUGCUUCUCCAAGACACCUUCGUGCCCUGCGACUGCCUGCACUGCGGCUCCAUGCGCAAGGGGGUGCGUAUGCCCUACAGCAAGCCCUUCACCACGCUCUCCUCCACAACCCUCAAGUACAUCUCCUGCAGCGACCACCGCUGCAUGACGGGCGUUGACAAUGGCUACUACGGCUGCAACACGGAUGGGCUCGGCAACUACAUCAACACCACGGGCAUGCUGCCUGGGGACGACGCUCUCUGCGUGUACAGUGCGAGCGCAUCAGGCUAUGACUACUAUGAAGCAGACUAUGAUACGGGAUCGUACCUUCAGUCGGUGGGGCAUGUGGUGGAGGACACCGUCUACCUCACUGCACCUGAUGGUACCGAAGUCAACCGAUCCAUCGUUUUUGGCUGUGGAGUGAACCAGCAGGGCUACUGGGGCAUGCAGGGGUGGCAGUACGGCUCGUGGGCAGCAGGAGGCGUGCUGGGGCUGGGGUGGGGCAGCCCCACGCUCAAUCAGCUCACCGGCAUUAAUGCCCCAAGCUCCUUGGCGGUGUGUUUGGAGGAGCCGACGCCUACCAACAAGACGGGGUGGGAUGGCGAGCUGCCGCUGCAGACAGGCAGCAGCCAUCUCACCAUCGGAGCCACCGGCCUCCCUGCCGGCGCCAGCUACUCGCCUAUGUCCUCGCUGGUCGGUGCGCAGUACACGCAGAUCACAAUAGCCAACGCCACGCACACCCUCCACAUCACAGACGACGCGGGCUACGCCCCAGACUCCUACCUGCCGGCGGAUUUCCCUAAGAACGCCACUCCGGGCUUCUACUUCAUGCCCGAGUCCUUCGUGCAUCUCCUGCGCUACCCUCUCUUGAUGGAUCUUCUCGACAAGCUCGCAGACAUGACAGGGAAAGAUCUAACUUUUUAUGGAUAUGACAACGACAUGUAUCGGCUUGUAUGCUUCAACAACAAGAACGCGGCGGGGGAUCCGUUCACCACCUUCCCCACCAUCGACAUUGCUUUCCUCUCUGCAGACAACACCAGCGCCACCUCCCACUUCUAUCUCAAGCCGCGCGAGUACCUCGCCCAGGUUGCGCCUUUGACUUACUGCGUUAUGGCCACAUAUCUUCCUGCCGACAGAAACUACUACAGCUUGAUUGGAGAGCCGGGGCUGUUCAACAAGUAUCUCUUCCUUGACUACACCAACGAGAUGGCUGGAUGGAUGGACGCCCCUAACUGUGGAGCUGAGCCUCUGCUGCCGCCGCCCUCCCCUCCUCCACCACCCUCGCCUGUUUCCAAUGGGGCCACCCACUCCUUCUCCCCGGUGGCAGCAGCACUAUCAUCUGCCAUUGUCCUUGCCAUCUCUGCCGCUCUGCUUGCUCUCAGUCUUCACUAG